AUGGCGAGCGUGCAGCCCCGCCAGGAGCCCACCGUGCAGCAGAAGUUUGCUUCCUUCGCGGCCAUGCUGGGCCUUGUGAGCGGCGCCGCGGGCCCCGCGCUGGCCGCCGACUUUGCGCCGCCGCCGCCGUCUGGCAACACCACCACGCUGGAGCGCGCCGCGCCGGCCGCCCAGGCUCCCGCCUUUUUGGGGGACGCCCCGCUGGCGGCAGCCCCCGCGGUGGCGGCCUCCAGCUCCGCGGGCCUGCCCGAGGGCACGCAGUGGCGGUACAGCGAGUUCAUCAACGCGGUACAGUCAGGCAAGGUGGAGCGCGUGCGCUUCUCAAAGGACGGCACCCAGCUGCAGCUGACCGCGGUGGACGGCCGCCGCGCCCUGGUUGUGCUGCCCAACGACCCAGAGCUGGUUGACAUCCUGGCACGCAACGGAGUGGACAUCUCAGUGUCUGAGGGCGACCAGCAGGGCAACUACGUGGCGCUGCUGGGCAACCUGCUCUUCCCCCUCAUCGCCUUUGCCGGCCUCUUCCUGCUCUUCCGCCGCGCCGGCGACGGUUCGGGGGGCGGCGGCAUGGGCCCCAUGGGGGGCCCCAUGGACUUUGGCCGCUCCAAGUCCAAGUUCCAGGAGAUCCCCGAGACGGGCGUCAUGUUUGACCAGGUGGCCGGCUGCGACCAGGCCAAGCUGGAGCUGCAGGAGGUGGUGGACUUCCUGAAGAACCCGGACAAGUACACCAAGCUGGGGGCCAAGAUCCCCAAGGGAGCGCUGCUGUCAGCGGGGGGUGCUUGA